CGUUACCUUUUUUUUUUUUUUGGUUUCCCUCCACAGCUUUCUCACGCAUUCUAUAAAAUCGCAUUUCUCAUGACAUCCAUCUCCGAAGAAGAAGAAAGAAACAAAGAAAAAUGUAUACAUUGAAAGAAAAAGUAACGGAGAAGCUUUCUCGUCUUUUUGCUGAUUCGCCUCGUCAUCAUCAUCCUUCUCUUCAAGAUCCUCAGGUCAGGUCGUACUCUAGAGGGCAGACGUCUUUGUCGUCUUACUUUUCCUUCAGUGUCCCUUUCUCAAGCUCUGAUGAUGCUAAAUCUGAAGAGCAGCAAUGUGAUCUCAGAUCAGUUCGUUCACUUCCCAUUAGACAGAUUACUGAUGAAUAUGAUCAGCAAAAUGAGCAGUUGGAUAUAUUUGAAGAAUGUAUCACAAGUAGUCCAGUUAAGCAAAAUUGUCCUGUUAACAAGAAUAAGCAGGGGAAUCCAGUAAGUGAGAAUAAGCAACCAGUCAGUCCAAAUAAUGAAUACAAGGACUGUGCCUCUGCGAAUAGUAGUGGUGAUUCUGAUGUAUUUGUACAAGCAAAUGACCUAUCUGGUCCAUCAAAACUUUUGUCAAAUCUCAAUGAUGGCUCUUCUUUUAUUACCCCUGAAUUGUAUGAAUUCUUGCAGUCAUCCCUUCCAAAUAUUGUCAAAGGAUGUCAGUGGAUAUUGCUAUACAGUACGUUGAAACAUGGUAUAUCACUCCGCACACUUAUUCGCAAGAGCGCCAACCUAUCUGGUCCCUGUUUGUUGAUUGUAGGAGACAUGAAAGGUGCAGUGUUUGGUGGGAUGCUAGAGUGCCCCUUGAAGCCCACCCCAAAAAGAAAAUAUCAAGGCACAAACCAAACAUUUGUAUUCACCACACUAUAUGGUCAACCUAGGCUUUUUAGACCUACAGGUGCCAAUAGAUAUUAUUAUAUGUGUAUGAAUGAAUUUCUGGCACUUGGUGGAGGCGGCAACUUUGCUUUAUGCUUGGACGAAGAUCUGUUAACUGGAACUAGUGGACCUUGUGAAACAUUUGGGAACCUAUGCUUGGCUCAUAACCCAGAGUUUGAGUUAAAAAAUGUUGAGCUUUGGGGGUUUUCACAUGUAUCUAAACUACCAAAGACUUAACAGGCAAGGAUGAGAAUUGAGAUGUUUGUGUGGAAUAUGUAUGCUGAAUGAGUUUUGAUUUAUUUAUUCAUGGUGGGUCUGAUGAUUGCCAUUUUAGUAAAUUAUUGCAAUAUGCAUGGUGUAAGUUAUAUCCAGGGCAAUUAUUAUUUAGUUGUAGUAGCCAUUUGAUACUCUUAUUAUUUUCUUCAAAUAUGCCCUAACAAAAGAAAUACUACCUCUAGUUGGCUUGUAAUUUAUUUUUAAGUGGCGUCUCCACACUCAACUACUUUAUAUUGCUCCAA